GUUGCUAAGACACUCUCUCCCUCCGUCUCCCUUUCGCGACAAAUAUACGCAGACCCAGAAGCCUAAGCAUCGUUUGGCUGACUGAUUCUCUAACACGGUAAGUUUUAGAGAGACGAUGCUUACAGGGGAUAUACCUCCAAACCAAACUAUAUACAUCAAGAACCUCAAUGAGAAGGUCAAGAAAGAAGAACUGAAAAGAGCACUUUAUUGUCUAUUCUCCCAAUAUGGAAGGAUCUUGGAUGUUGUUGCCUUGAAGACACCCAGGCUUCGAGGGCAAGCAUGGGUCUGUUUCAGUGAAGUGAUGGCUGCGAGUAAUGCUGUGCGGCAAAUGCAGGGUUUUCCAUUUUAUGACAAACCUAUGCGGAUCCAGUAUGCGAAAACGAAGUCCGACUGCCUUGUAGAGGCAGAAGGAAUAUAUGAUCCAAAUGCAAAGAAAAAGAAGAAACAGGAAGAAAAAGUUGAGCGAAAGAGACGUGCUGAAGAAGCUCAACAAUCUGCUACAGCUAAUGGCACAGCUGCUGAGAAUAACAGGGGCCCAGCUUCUUUCCGACAAGGAAACCGGGGUGAACAGGAAACAGUUCCACCAAAUAAUAUACUGUUUAUACAGAAUUUACCACAUGAAACUACUAGCAUGAUGUUGCAAGUUCUCUUCCAACAAUAUCCAGGAUUCAGGGAAGUCCGAAUGAUCGAAGCAAAACCAGGUAUUGCAUUUGUAGAAUUUGAGGAUGAAGACCAGUCCUUCAUGGCCAUGCAGGCCCUUCAGGGAUUCAAAAUUACUCCUCAGAAUCCUAUGGCUAUUACUUAUGCCAAGAAGUAAUUGUGCAUUAUUCUAGACUACUACCUUCUGUUUCUUGCGUUGAAUCUAUAGUUAGAGAUGAGACAAUCGAAGAAUUUAUUGCACACAAUGGUGAUGUUUGAUGGACCAACUGUUUGAUAAAAAUGAGAAUAUGCUUUUCAAGACACAGAUGCUUAUGCAAAUUGCUAUCCAUUUUUGUAUAAUUUGAAGCGUUACGAUUUCAAAUCACAAGGUAAUUUUAUGAAACUGUUUUAAUUA